AUGCCGCGACGCAAGCCCAUCUCCGCCAAGCAGCGUAAAGCCGAGCUACAACUCAAGAGAGCCGUAAAGCGUGGAGAUGUAGAAGCAACAGCCAUCGCUAAUGAGCAAGCUGCCGAGCGACGUAAGAAGCGUCAUACCAAAGGACGCACUCCUACUGGAUCAGCAAAAUCUGUCCCAGGUCCAAGCAUUAUUGGCGCAGGAAACAUCGGAAUUUCAACGAGACGCUUGGAGAGUCGCUUCCUCAAACUGGACAAAGGGUGGCUAGAGCAUGCCAAACUGGUUGCGGCUACCACAGUGCUUGUACGACCCAUCCCCGAGAACAUGCAAGUUCUGAACGUCCAUGCGUUUUCCGCAUCUUCGGCUGGCGGGAUAGGAGCUAUAGAGACUACUCUCAGCGCACCGAGACGACCAAAAUGGCGAUAUGAUCAGUCCAAGAAAGAAGUCGAGAAGAACGAAGAAGGAUUGUUCCUCAAAUGGCUUCGAGAAACUGAUGACAUCGUGGAGAGAUGGCAGACGGAACCGCUCAGUGUCACUCAAAGUCCAGUAUCAGUGGAUCAUGAAACGAAUGUAGAAGAUCCUAACAAGUUGUCACUUUUUAAGCGCUCUCCGACCUGGUUCGAGAGAAAUCUAGAGGUAUGGAGACAACUAUGGCGCGUUACAGAAAUCUCUCAGAUUCUCUUGAUCUUGCUGGACAGCCGAGCCCCGACGCUCCAUUUUCCGUCAUCUAUGCAGCAAUAUAUCCAGUCAAUGCGACCAACCCCACCAUUGGUACUUGUACUCACAAAGGUCGACCUCAUCACGCCUGCUAGAGCAAAAGCUUGGACGGAAUUCCUUACUACUCAACACCCAACGGCACGGAUAGUUCAGGUCGAGUCUUACAAGGAGAGAGAAGGAAUACUCAACGACGGAAGAGCAGGGAAGAAGUUUCUAGACCCCCACAUCCCAACCGGGUUUCUUGCACAGCUUGUCGACGCCCUGAAAGCGGCAUACACAGACCUUCUAACACCGCCACCAAACACCAAAGCGACUUGGAAGCCUCGUGUCAGAGAAGGUGUUGACUGGGAAAGGAUUUUGGCAGACAACACCCCAAACGGCGAUGGGCGCACGGACACCGCUGCAAUCAUACCCAAAGCGAACGAACCGUCGACAAUAUCAGUGACCGACUCUUCUGUUGACAAGAUUCCCUUGUCGCCACAUGGGCACGCCGACAGCACCGCGUCAGGCGGGGAAGAGGAACCUUUCAUUACGAUCGGACUGAUCGGCCAACCCAAUGUUGGUAAAUCGUCACUACUCAACGCCCUUUUCGGAACGAAGAAAGUAAAGGCCUCCAAAACACCUGGAAAGACCAAACAUUUUCAGACCCUGUUCUGGACUCCAGAGAUUCGAUUGGUGGAUUGCCCUGGCUUGGUCUUUCCGGGGCUUGUGCCAAUGGAACUGCAGGUGCUAGCCGGCGUUCUGCCAAUAUCGCAAAUGCCAUCAAUCCCGUCAUGCGUCCAGUUCGUUUGUGAGCGCAUGCCUCUCGAGAGGAUACUUGGUCUCGAACACCCGGGUGGCGAUAAGCCCGUAGAGGAUAAGCGAACAUGGCGAGCUGGAAUGAAGAAUGCGUCCGAACAACCAGGUACCUCAACUUGGACAGCAAUCGACGUCUUGACGGCGUACGCCACCAAAAACGGAUGGCUAACGGCCAAAGCAGGCAGGCCAGACAUUCAACGGGCGGGUAAUGCACUUUUGCGAGCCUGCGCGGAUGGAAAGAAUAUACGGUGGGGCUUCCGCCCGCCGAGCACUCAGAACAUGGAUGGGGGUGCUGUGAUCGAAGACGGAAUAUGGAUCCGGGGUGGUCACCAUGAUGGUCCAGGAACUUGGGACGAUGCAGACGAAAGUGGCGAGGAUGAAGAUGUUACGGAGGACGAACAAGGAGAGUUAGAAUCGUCAGAGCCAAUCGAAGAGGAGUCGGAGGACGAUAGCGAAGACCUUUCCCAGGAUAGCGGAGCCGCCUUCUCUGUGGCGAGAGGAAGGUUUGGUGCUCUGUCUCUCGUCGACAAUGACGCAUCUAGCGAGGAUUCCUAG